CGCAUGCGCACAGGGAGUUGGAGGCCGAGCCGGGCGGCUCCAGGGCCACAGAGGCCGCGCAUGCGCCGGGGGCGCGCGCCCGAGGCCAUGGCCGCCGCGGCGCGGGCCCUAAGGGGAUCGGGCCGCCCGGCCUUGCGGGCGGGCUGCGGCUGCGGCUGGGGCGGCCGUCGCCGGCUCUGGGCGCCGCCGGGAGGAUCCGCGGGCGCCGCCGCCGCUGCUGCUUCUCCUCCCGCCGGCUCUUCCUCGGGUUCGGGCGCGCUGAGCCCCUUCGACCGGUGGCUGAAGCGGAAGCAGAAGAACUGGGCGGCGGUGCAGGCCGAGCCCGCCAAGUGCGACUACCUGCGGGAGGAGGUCGGCGGCAGGAUAGCGGACAGGGUGUUCGACAUCACCAGAACGUUUCCUCUUGCUUUGGAUCUUGGCUCUGGAAGAGGUUACAUAGCUCGACAUUUAACCAAGGAAACAGUUGAAAAACUUAUUCAAGUUGAUAUUGCAGAGAAUGCUUUAAAAAAGACUGUACAAUCUGAAAUCCCUACAGUCAGUGUUGUAGCUGAUGAGGAAUGCCUUCCUUUCAAAGAAGAUACAUUUGAUCUUGUUGUUAGCAGCUUAAGUUUACAUUGGGUGAAUGACCUUCCUAGAGCUUUUAGAGAGAUUCACCAAGUUCUGAAGCCAGAUGGAGUAUUCAUUGGUGCAAUGUUUGGGGGAGACACUCUGUAUGAGCUUCGCUGCUCUUUGCAGCUAGCAGAAUUGGAGAGAGAAGGGGGAUUUUCUCCUCAUGUAUCACCGUUCACUGCUGUCUCUGAUUUGGGACACCUGCUGUCGAGAGCUGGCUUUAACACCCUGACCGUGGAUACUGAUGAAAUUCAGGUCAACUACCCAGGGCUGUUUGAGGUUAUGGAAGACUUGCAAGGUAUGGGGGAGAGUAAUUGCGCUUGGAAUAGAAAACCUCUGCUACACAGGGAGACAAUGUUGGCAGCUGCUGCAAUAUACCAAGAAAUGUACGGAAAUAGCGAUGGCUCGGUACCUGCCACAUUUCAGAUCUACUACAUGAUUGGCUGGAAAUUCCAUGAGUCGCAGGCAAGACCAGCCCAGAGAGGUUCUGCAACAGUUUCCUUUGGAGAUCUGGCAAAAAUAGAUGGACUUCUUUCAAGAGGAAAAAAAUAGUUCUCCAUCAGAAAUAAUAGUUGUCUUGAAGCUUCUAUAAAACUCAUUGCAAAUAGUCUUCAGUUGUGCUUAUUUUGUGAUGACAUUCUGACAUUAUAAUAAUCCGCAAGCAAAAGAGUUUUGGGGGUUUUUUUACUGCCUGUGCUACAUCAUCAGCUGUGGAAAAUGGUGUUCAUUUUUUGUUUCUAGAGAAAUAUUGAGCAGUAUUCUAACUGAAUACAUGCUCUCCCAACUUUUGAUUAAAUUACUAUUCUCAAGUGUAAUGCCUCUUCCAGCAUUUCAGUAGCACAGACUGCUCCAGGUAUGAUUUGCAAGUCUUGAGUGUAUAUCACCCUGCGUUGUGUUUGAAUUAUUCCUAAAGGACGGUAGAUCAUAAUAAAGAAUAGUGCUUGGUGGCAAGUGUAUUUAUAAGACAUACUGUAAGAGAGAAUAAUAGCAAAUACACACAUCUAACUUAAUAUGUGUUUUGUGGGUUGGAAAUUAUGAGUAAAAAGUUACUGUCAGUUACUGUUUCAAACUUGAAUGUUUGACUUGUGUAUAAGGAAGUGGUUAAGUAAAUUCUCUAUUAUAAAAAUAUCUCAGGUUGCUACCUUUCACUUACAGCCCUCAAAUUCAAUUACUUUUCCUUCCAUCCCCAAAGCUAGAAAUGUUCUGAAUGUGAAUAGUAGAGCUCAGCCAUAGGGAAAGUUGAAUGCUUCAUUGUAGCUUUAACAGAAUGUACGCAUCAUGAUUUGACUUAAUUUACUGAAGGGAGCAGCAAGCAGAAGGGUCAUCUAGCACUCAGAAGGAUGUGUACGUUUCAAAUUAACUAGCUUAGAAUUGGCAUUCUCUGGAGUUGGUACUCUUCUGGAGUUCCAAGGCAUUUUUUUAACCUUUUAUCUCAUAGCAUUUGAAAAAUUAAAGGUGGUUCUUUAUCUGUUAGUUAAAAGUUACAUUUGCAUGUUACUUUCUGCGUUUCUACCAUCAGAGGCUGAAAAGCAUGAAGUAUACUUUUUUCUCCUUAGCUGUAACAUGAAGCUAUGACUUUUCCUGUAUAUAACUGCAUUACCAGAAAUCAAUAUUAGUUAUGAAUAUGGCCAAUUAACCUGAUGUGUUUAGAAAAAAUAAUCUAUCCAGAGAUUUCACUUGAUUGUAGUACUGACAGAGAAUGGUAGAAAGGAAAACAUGAAGAAUAUAUAAUCAGGUAUACUGUUCAAUCAGUUUUAUCAUUGUAUCUAGGUUUUGUAUUAAUAGUGGUGAAAUGAAAGCUUCUCUAGGCUUGUUGUAAGAAGAUUAUCCAGCAGGUGGAGUUUGACAGAAUAGUGUGGCACAGACCAAAUAGGCAAGGUAGGCAGAAGCCUUCGUAUUCUGUCAGGGAUUAUUGAAUUAUGAUUCAAAGACUAAUGCAGAUAGUAGAGUUACCUCCUACUGCUUAACCAAUACAAAAUUUUCAAAAUAACAGAAAUGCUGUUUAAAAAAUACAGCUAUUCAUGCACUAUUCAGCUGACUAGAAGAUCAAUUUAACGGCCUAAUUUGGGGGUUUAUUUUAUCUACCAGGCUUUGACUUUAAAUAAGAAAUGGGCAGAGAAGGUACAAAAAAUCCUGAUAAGGACAGAAGGAAUCUUCUGUCCAGCUUUUGCUUACAAGCCUAAUCCAUAGUUAUUCAAGGGGAAUGAGUUCAUCUUUCAUUUUACUUAGAAAAGAAGAGUAACCUUUCUGGAAGAAGGGGGAGAAGUGGUCUGGUAACCUUUGUAACCCUUAAUGUUAAGACUAAUUCUAAAAGAAGAGCUUGUCUCUCUGAAAGCUUUCAUUUUUUUCAUAGUACAUCAAUGGACUUAAUACGAGACACUGCAUCUCUCUACAGGUCCUCUCCAUCUUUAAUAAAAUUAACUUAUUUCCAGGGGAAGCUCUCUACUUUCCCAAAUGUAGGUUUCUAUGAAGUUGUGUGUCCAAUGACUGUGUAACUUUAUGCAUUUUUUGCUUUAGUAGGUUAAUUUUCAGUCACUUGAACUGGUGGUUGUGACUCAGAUGUGUUAAGGGAAUGAGGAGGUGGAAUGUGCUGGGUAAAUGUUAAUUGGAGAAGUGCUCCUACUGUGCUUGUUUGAAGCACUCAGUUAAGUUACGGAGAAAAGGAAGGAUUUCCAGUUCUUUGAUUCCAUAUUCCACAAAUGGAAUAUAUAAACAGUAAAGUAGGUAAGAAUUUGGUUGUUAAUGGGGGAGGGUACCUUCUGGACAGAAAGAAGUGGAAGAGUAGUUUUCUUCUAGCACUUGGAAGAAAAAAAGUGUAGAUAUUCAGUUAACUUGGAAAAGUGCUUAGGAGCAGUAGAAGUGGGAAGUAAUAAAUACGGCAUUGGAGCAGUGUUGGUUGGAACUAGGGGGGAUGCAACUGACAGCUAAGGUGUUCAUUUCCCAGGCUGACUACAUGUGAAUAACUGCCUUUUAUGUGUUUUUUUAACUGCAAUCAUUAUUUUUUUUUCUGUAGUAUUUCUUGGAAUUCUAGAUUACUCUGGUUUCUGCUAGCCACUUUCUUUGUAUGGCAUUUGUAUGAAUAGCUUUGAAAACAGUUAUGUGACAAAAACAUGUGUUCGUAGUAAACUAAGACUCUGUAAUAUUUUGAUACUCUUUUUCAGAUUUAAGUCUUUACGGCUUUCUGAAAUUGUAAUGAAGAAUGCUAGUUGCUAGUGUAGAAAUUAUUUUAAACUCUUAAGUGGAUGUUAAAAAUCAGCUUUUACAGAGUCAGUGACUUCUAAAAAGUAGUUGCUAAGGUGACAAUGUUUCUUGCAAGCUUAGUUUUAAAAAUCCUGAUGCAUAAUACAGAAUGCUUUAAUCUUGAUUACAGAAGAAAGGAAAAAGAAUUCCGGGAGAUAAUUAUUUUUAUUAAUCAAAAGUUAGGAGCCCAUAAAUAAAAACCAAAUUCUAGUAGUAGUACAUUUACACUUAAUGAACAUCAGUAUUUUUGAGCCUCCAAAAGGUUCUGAGGGUCUGAGUCAUGGAUCAAUGUCAACGUAUAGUUUUAUGCAAGUCUACUUAGGAUAUAGGGAUGAUAAUGAGGCCCUACAUUUUGUAACCCAGGCAUUAGAUUUUGCAGUUCUACACUUUCAAAAGACGUUGAGAAUUUGUGAAGUUAAAACAUGGGAAAGUAUUCUUGAUUACCUCUAAUUUAUAAAAAUGUCAUCAGCAGAAGUUCAGAAGCAAACCAUACAAAAUUAAAUGUAACUGUAUUUUUUUACUCUGCUUAAAUAAAGAAAUAAAUAUGAAUGUCA